UUCAAAACAAGAUGCGUUGGCAAAUCAUUCUGAUCGUGUUUGUGCUGUUGGACUUCCUUCACAUGGCAGUCGCCCGUUGUAUGGUCUAUCAGAUUCCUCCCAGGAACUUUUCAUUACCUUGUGUGCUGCUGAAUGAGACACUUCUGAGUCCUCUCUCUGCUAGAGCUGUAGCAGGCUGGUCUGGUUUCAGUACAGAGCGUGGAGCUGCUGGAGCCAAUUCUCCCUGGAUAAUGACUGAAGAAAGUUUUCUCUGUUGCCUUUGGGGUGAUAAUAACAUUGAUUGCUCUUUGUACAGAGCAAGCAUGCAAGCAAGGAUGUUUAUUCCUUCAGAAACAAGCAUCUCGGCUUCUCAGGAGACGGAUUCAAAUUGGAAUAUUGAAUGCUGGGUUAAAGGAGACCUGGACCUGUUAGUCUGUGGCCUGCGGUUUUUGAAGUUGUACAUGAGACCUGAUCUGAAGAUUAAUCUUUUAUAUGCUGUAUCGGAGCUGCCGCUGGGAGAAGUGUCCACGAGCUCCCUGAAAGGGACUGUAAGGGCUGCUCCUUGUGACCGCAGUGCCUACGACACCUGUGAGUGCUGCAUUCCCUCCCCAAGACUCAACUCCACCUACAUCCUGUGGCUGCAGGUCACGAUCGGUGUGACACCCCUUUGGUCACCCCUAAUGUCUGUCAAGCCCAUCAACGUGGUAAAGCCUGAACCACCUUUGAACCUGCAUCUAGAAAUGACAGAGAAAGGGCAAGUGAAGAUGUGCUGGUCUGACCCCGUGCUGAUGCCAUAUCCGCUCAAGUAUGAAGUCAAGAUCUCUGGAAAUUCAAGUCAGGAUGUCUGGCAGAUGGUAGAAGUUGUCCUAGAAACCUCGCUGGCCGUAGGUGACGUGCUGCUCGAUUCUUUGAGCUUCGUUCAGGUGCGCUGCAGGCGUCUGCAUGGCCCGGGGUUCUGGAGCGACUGGAGCACGCCGUACAGCCUGCACCCGGCAGGAGUCCUGUACUUCCCUCCUAAGCUACUGACCAGCGUUGGCUCUAACGUUUCCUUUCAUUGCAUCUAUAAUAACAAAAAUAAGAUAAUAGCUUCCAAGAAGAUUGUCUGGUGGCUGAAUUUAGCGGAAGAAAUCCCAGAAAAUCAGUACACGCUUGUGAAUGAUCGCGUAAGCAAAGUUACUCUUUUCAACUUGAAAGCAACAAAACCUAGAGGAAAUUUCUUCUAUAAUGCACUGUACUGUUGUCAUCAAAAUAGGGAGUGUCAUCACAGAUACGCUGAAUUAUAUGUAGUAGAUAUGAAUAUCAAUAUCACAUGUGAAACUGAUGGGUACUUAACUAAAAUGACUUGCAGAUGGUCUGCAAACGCAAACACAUUGCUCGUGGGGAGUUCUUUGCAGUUAAGAUACUACAG